AUGGCAGCGGCACUAGCGUCAGAACAAGUUCUGGAUGCUUUUAACGAGAUUCUUAACUUGAGAAGGGCUUAUACUUAUGAUCGCCAGCAGAUGUUCGGUUUCCUUCACCAUGUGGUCGAUAAUGGACAUCUAUAUGAUAUUCAAGAUUGUCGAUUGCUAUCGCUCUGGGGAAUUUUGAAGCAGAUUGAAAUGCUGUGUCCUCCAAAUAGCAGUGAUUUCGCGUCGCCUAGCUUAGAGCCUGAUCAAAUAAUCAAGCGGCGCUGGAACCUCGAAUAG